AAAUAAAAUAAAAAUAAAAUAAAAAUAGUAAUAAGGUGUCAGAUAACAAGUCGAAGAUUCCACCACACCAAACUAGUUGCAGUUACAUUCAAGCUGAAGGAACCGACACACCCAUCAACUACAUACCUGUCGGUAACCACAACCUUACACUGUUUUUGUUUGUGUUUCUGUUUAUGUUUUUGUUCUACACUUGAACUCUUUUGCUCAACUCAAGUCAAUACCUCAAGUACCAAAAACACACUAAUAACACUGGUUUUGGUUUUGGUUUUGGUUUUCUUCUUCUUUUUUCUCGAUGUUGGUUCAAGACCGUUUUUCACCUCAAAAAUCUUCAAAUCUAAAUCCGAAUUCAAAUCAAAAGCCUUAUUUGAGAACCAAUGAUCUUCCUUCAAACCGUUUCACCCAGACAAAGAACCUCGACUUCUCCGUAUGGGUUUCCGACAAUCUUUACAAGAUUGUUUCAGUGGUUCUUCUCGUAGUAACCGUCGCGGCGUUAUUCUUCCUUCGAAACGUCGGUGACACAGCAGCGUUACUUUGUUUUGAGAAUAAGGCGCGUGAUCUUGAGAAGAUCGAGUUUCCGCGCGUGGAUUGGAAUAAAAUUACUCCGGUUGCUGACAAAGCUUCGAAGUUUGCGAAUUUCCGGUCUGAGAAAUGGAUCGUGGUUUUGGUUUCGGAUUACCCGAGUGAUGCUUUGAAGAAGUUGGUGAAGUUGAAAGGGUGGCAGGUUGUGGCGAUUGGUGAUUCGAGAACGCCGGCGGAUUGGAGUUUGAAAGGUGCGAUCUUUUUGUCUUUGGAGGAACAGGCUAAUUUGGGGUUUAGGGUUGUGGAUUACUUGCCUUAUGAUUCUUAUGUUAGGAAGAAUGUUGGGUAUUUGUUUGCAAUGCAACAUGGUGCUAAGAAGAUUUUUGAUGCGGAUGAUAGAGGGGAAGUAAUGGAUGGGGAUUUGGGUAAACAUUUUGAUGUUGAGUUGGUUGGUGAGGCUGCUAGGCAAGAGGUUUUGUUACAGUAUAGUCAUGAUAAUCCUAAUCGAUCCGUUGUGAAUCCUUAUGUUCAUUUCGGACAGCGUUCCGUUUGGCCUAGAGGUUUGCCAUUGGAGAAUGUGGGUGAAAUUGGGCAUGAAGAGUUUUAUACUCAGGUCUUUGGUGGGAAACAGUUCAUUCAGCAGGGUAUUUCCAAUGGACUUCCUGAUGUUGAUUCUGUGUUUUAUUUUACGCGGAAAUCGGGUUUGGAACCGUUUGAUAUUCGAUUCGAUGAGCACGCGCCGAAGGUUGCGUUGCCGCAGGGUAUGAUGAUGCCACUUAAUUCUUUUAAUACAAUGUACCAUUCUCCUGCGUUUUGGGCUUUGAUGCUUCCGGUGUCGGUUAGUAGGAUGGCUUCUGAUGUUUUGAGAGGUUAUUGGGGACAGAGGCUUCUUUGGGAAAUUGGGGGUUAUGUUGCCGUUUAUCCUCCUACCGUCCAUAGGUAUGACAAGGUUGAGGCUUAUCCCUUUUCGGAGGAGAAAGAUCUUCAUGUGAAUGUCGGCCGUUUAAUCAAGUAUUUGGUUUUGUGGAGAUCAGAUAAGCAUAGAUUGUUCGAAAAGAUCUUGGAUUUGAGUUAUGCCAUGGCAGAGGAGGGCUUUUGGACUGACAAGGAUGUGAAACUUACCGCCGCAUGGCUUCAGGACUUGCUAGCUGUUGGUUAUCAGCAGCCAAGGUUAAUGUCUUUAGAACUUGGUCGUCCGAGGGCAAGCAUUGGUCACGGAGACCAAAGGGAGUUUGUCCCACAAAAGCUGCCGUCUGUUCAUCUUGGGGUUGAAGAAACGGGAACUGUGAAUUACGAGAUUGCUAAUUUAAUCCGAUGGAGAAAAACUUUUGGGAAUAUUGUGCUUGUCAUGCAUUGCAGCGGGCCUGUCGAACGUACGGCCCUUGAAUGGAGGUUGCUUUAUGGGAGAAUAUUCAGAACUGUAGUUAUUUUGUCAGAAAAGAAAGAUGUAGAUCUUGUUGUACAGGAGAGCCAUUUGGACCAAGCAUACAAGUACCUGCCAAAAAUAUUUGAUCAAUUUAGCAGCGCGGAAGGAUUUCUGUUUCUGCAGGAUAAUACAAUUCUUAACUAUUGGAACUUACUGCAAGCAGAUAAAACCAAACUGUGGAUCACUAAUAAGGUAGCUGAGUCUUGGUCUUCUGUUUUAACCGAGGACAAUAACGCUGACUGGUUAUCUCAACAAGCAAGCAUGGUACAGAAGGUUGUUAGCACGAUGCCGGCUCACUUUCAAGUAAAUUACAAAGAAACAAGUAACAAUGACAAGAACCUUUUGUUAUGCAGUUCUGAAAUAUUUUACGUUCCUCAGCGCUUGAUCAGUGAUUUUGUUGAGCUUGUUAACCUAGUAGACAAUCUAGAGAUCCAUCAAAAGGUUGCAAUUCCUAUGUUCUUUGUCUCCAUGGAUUCUCCACAGAAUUUUGAUCCUAUUCUUGAUUCAACAAUCUAUAAGAAAAAUCCUCCGAAAAAUUCCUCAACUAUUUAUUCGGCUAAAGUCCCUGCUGUUCAUCCAUGGAGUGUAUCAAGUGAGCAAGAAUUUAUUAAGCUUAUCAGAAUAAUGGCUGAAGGGGAUCCACUCCUAAUGGAAUUGGUUUGAAAGGUACAAACUGUUUCUCGAUACUAGCUGAGAAGAGAGAACCGAGUAACAUGCAACACUUGGAUAAACUUUUACUCGGUCUCUUUCGAUAAAAAGUUAGUGUUACAAAGUCUUUAUCAUUUUUGUUUUUAUCUUUCUUCUAAAUUUUCUAGGGUGGUUAUUUAACCCUUAUUUUCUCUCACCCCUUUAUUGUAGAUUUGGUCCACAGAAAAUGUAUUAAUGUAUUUUUCUUUCUUUUUUGUGAAAAAAUGAAAUGGAAAUGUAUUUGUAAUGUAAUGAAUAUUGCAAUUCAAGCUCUCCAUUGAGAGAUUCUUUUUACAA